CAUCACACUCCAAUUCAAACCCUGCUCAACGCGAACUGCAAAACGACAAAUUCAACCUUCGAGAUUUGUUCCACGGCCAUCAACCCUCCCAACUAUCUCGGCUCUGUAGAGCCGCCAUCUCACCGCCAGCACCCCGGAAUCAUCAAGCGCAUUUCGGAAGACUGUUCCAAUAAGGGGACCCCGUGCUUGACCAGGUCAAGCUACGCGGUGGUGGUACCGGUCAGUUGGUGUUGCCAUUUCAUCAUUGAUUUCAACUUCAGCUCAUCAUUCUCGAGCGCUCAGCUUUGGAAUAACAAGCAGGGGUUGGAUCCGGCCAUUCUUGGUCUACAAGCUGGGCCUUGCUUUUGUGGCGCUGUUGCCCCACUAAAAUUUCAACACUGGCAUUUGCAGUGUUCGGCCACUUCACUCUGGCUUGCCCAAACACUCACUCAGUCUCUCGUUUCACUUGUCAGAUACUGACUACCCCAACCCAGAAUGAGCGCUCCAGAUUCGCCAUCCAGCCGCAAAAGGCCGGCUGACGAUGAUUCGGAUGCUUCGGGUGUCAAAAAGGCCCGGGUGGGAAAUCCCGAGGCUGCCUCCAGCGGACCGGCUGAUGAUUUCGAGGAGGGUGAGAUAGGAGAGUCCCCUUCCGGAUCUGAAGCGGCUUCGACCAAGGACCACGAGGCUGAGAGUACACCAGCGCAUGGUGGUUGGAACCGCGGCGUUAGCAACGGCCUGCGGACAUCAUUCAUAUCGCUGAGCACAUCAAGCCUGCGCAAAAAGUCGCAAAAGAAGGAAGCCGAGCCAGAGCCCGCAUCAGAGGUGGCGUCGACAUCGCCUGUUAAGAAGACCAGAGAAGCGAAGAAGUCAAAAAGCUCAUCGCCGACAGACCAAAAGGUUCUGGAUGGCUGGCUCGCCCUUCCUCCCCAUGAGCCCUUUGCCCAUUUCAGGGCACGACCAAGAUACCCAGAAUCGUGGCAGAAUCGUUUUGUGGAUUUCUGUGAGGCUCUUAUCAGGCACAAUAUCCGAUGGCCCGAGACAAAGAUGGACGAGGCUCAGGCCAACAAGAUGAACAAUCCCGAGCUCCUGUACAGGGCUUGGGUGCAGUGGCUGCAAGACCACGCGGACCAGAAAUGCUGCUCUAUAGAUCAGGUGGCUGCGGGAUCCAAGCUGGCUUCAGCGCAAAAGCUGUCCAGAGAAAGCCUCGAAAAGAUGAUUUCUGAAGCACUCAACGGCGAGCCUGAGGGACAAAAGACACAGGCUAGAAAGAAGGAGCCAAAGAAGAAGGAAAAGUCUGCCCAAGCAAGAUGGACCAAAUUCACUCUCCAAGGUACCAGAUUUGAGAAUCUAACAAUGCCACCAUUGGUCCCAAAGUCGGACUUGGACGAGUUGAAGAAGAACAAAGACCUGUGGACGACCAGAUUCCUUCAGUGGUCUCAGGAAUUCAUCAACCGGAAUCAAGACCUUUUGACCGCCGAUACUCCGGAGCUCCUGGGCGUUAUCUGGACGUCCUGGUGCGCCUGGUUCAAACAGAUUGUUACAAAGAACAAAACUCCCAUUGCAAAGGACGUUGCUCGGAAUUUCUUUCUCGAGAACAACGAGGACGUUGAAGCAGUUUACCGUGGUAUCAUGGCGGCCAGCCCAGGGCCUGCUUUAGAUGAGGCAGAGGAGCCAGCAAAAGAAGAAGAGACAGAAGCUGCCGAUGAGUACAGUGAGCGCCCACAAGCGACCCCGGCCAGAAACGAGGAGCGACUAUCACAACCCACAACGCCCAGAAACGAAGACGUCGACCUCCACAUCCGCCACAAAUACUUUUGCGGCCUCGAACAAGACCAGCUCUUCUGCAUCGAAUGCGCCUCCUACUCGCACGACUCAUCUCAAUGCCCUCUCCUAACCUGCCGCUGGUGCAGCGCCGUCGCCGAGCACCCAUCCUACGCCUGCCCUUCUCGCCGCCGUUGCACCGAAUGCCGUCAGCUCGGACACGAAAGCGAGUCCUGCACCGAGAAGCUCGCGCUCCCACGCGACCAGAUGGAGUGCGCCAUCUGCGGCUCGCGCGACGGACACCUGGAAGACUCCUGCGUCGAGCUCUGGCGCACCUUCAAGCCCGACCCUCUCACCUCUUCCAAGGUCCAGGCCUUGCCUAUCUACUGCUACUGCUGCGGCAACGCGGGCCACUAUGGUGCCGACUGCGGCAUGAACAUGGCGCGCCCGGACACGAUUACGGUGUGGGAGACGUGGAGCAAGAGCAAUGUUGAGCAGCUUUACGUGGAUCCGGAAUCUGAAAAGGUGGCCAUCGCGCUGAAGCCGAUGCCCAAGGGCUCGGUGUUGGCGCCGUAUAACGAGGAGGAUCCGUAUGUGGACUGGGAUGCGAGUAGCAAUGGCGGAAGACCGGAUUUUGGACAUGGGAUUGCUCCGCAGAGACAUGUCUUCUUCGAAGACGAUGAUGAGGAUGAGGAGGAUGAGGGGUUCAUUAGGCCGCCGGUGCAGAAGAGCCAGGGAUCGUCGUCUAGGAUUCAGUUUGGUGGUGGUGGCAACCGUGGUGGCCGGGGUAAAAAUGGAGGAGGUGGUGGUGGUUCCUUCAACCCGCCACUUCCUCCUGGUCCGCCGCCUGGAAGACUGAGGGAGUUCCAGAGCUACAACCAUGGCAGGGGAGGCGAUUCUUUCAAGAAUGGCGGUGGCGGCGGCGGUGGUGGACGUGGCGGUCGUAAUGGUGGCCGCGGUGGAUACGGCGGCGGCAAGAGGGGCAGAGGUGGGAAGCAGUGGUGAUCGCGACGAGGGUGGGCAUGGAACUGAACAGGCACGUGGUGUUUCUUGCAUGCGGUGAUCUUGUUUGAUCUUACGAGGCCCUUGAUCAGUGGCCGGGCUGGCAUUGCUCUCUAGCUCAGCACUGAGAACCAAAAUUCUUGCUUGAAUGCGGUGGCUCGGCAUAGAUUACCAGCGAAGGGGUUUGUAAGUUGCUCAGGCAGGGCCGUACCUCAAUCCUACGGUACUUCUUGCUGAAUACAGAGCUUGUCAUCAGCGGUUGGAGAUACCCUUACAGGCGCAUUGGUAUCGAGCAAUUACAUGAUGGGAUCAUGUUAUAUACCUACGCAAGGCCAUGGUCAUCGAGGGUGUGAAGUGUGCUCUAGGAGUUCCCUCUGGCUUUUGUCGUUGUUGUGAACUUUUUUAUGAAACACACAUCGGAAUAUCUUACUGGGAUGCCACCCUUGAUUUUCAUGUCUGUAUGUAUGUAGGAGGGAUGUGAAUGAGACUCGGUAUGGCGGUAUGGCGGUUGAGAACUUUUAUGCUGACCUUUUGAUUUUCAUGGUUUCUGUUCCUUUGCUAGCGAGACCAGACCUCAAUCCUCUCAUCCACUGUUGCUCACAACUAGAGGUACAAGUACUUAAUUCAUACACGGUCAUCUUGCA